AACGCCGACGCACCUUUUCGCGCGAUGCUUAUCGGGCUCGCCUUCCUUGCCGCCUUCCUUGGCGCGAGCGUCUGGUACAUUGCGAUCGUGGCGCCAACGCUCGCCAACGACCACUUUUGGUCGGGCUUUGAGGCGUCCGCAGCACAGGCGUACUUGCUCGACGUCUACCGCAUGCAGCUCACGACGACGGCGUCUGCGACCCUCGACCUCGGCUCGCCGUCUCAAGCCAUUUUAAAGCCCUACAGCCUGUCUACCACAUCGGGGCAUGUCAACCCCGCGUACCCGCGUGCCUUGGCCCUGGCCCGCUACAGCUCGCUCGAGGACGCUGUCGAGCAUCUGCGCACCCUCGGCGUCUACCUCUCGACGAUGUUUUGCUGGGCCGACUUUGGCCGGCGCUGGGAGGUUGGGCACACGGCCGCUCGCCAAGCGCGUUGUGACGCGACGAACGGCGCCGUGUACUUGGAGGCGUACCUCCGCAACGUCGACGCGUGGGCAGCCAUCGACGUGAGCAUUGUCUUUGUGAACGCGAUCGUACAGCAGCCGCAAGGCGCUGCGUGGUGGACAAGCGUCCUAGCGCCGCAGGUGUCGGUCGCAGACGAGGCAGCUUACUGGCACAGCUGUCAAGUAACCAGUUUUCAAGCGCAGUGGUCCAACGACUACCAACUCGGGCUCGUAGAGACCAUUGCCGUGCGCAACAUGCUCGGGUGGCACCAGGCGCUGACUGUGUCGGCGAUCGCGUUCGCAGACCGGGGGGCGCUCGGCACGUCGCUCUUCCUCAACCCUUCCUUCUCAUACAACCUCUGGAUUGCGCAGGCCAACUACGGCGCCGGUCUGAACACCAGCAUCGUUCGCAACCUCCCCGACUACAUGGGCGACGGUGAGCUGGAGCAGUACACGGGUGUCUACCUCGCGACGCCUGCGAGCGUCAUCGUCCACGAGUGUCUGGGUCCGCUCACGGCCGUCGACUUGUAUCUUGUCGCUCCACCCUACGCUCUCGUGACUGCCCUCCGAGCGGUCGAAUCUGCCAUCGCCGUCGCACUGCAAGCCGACGACGAUCUUCUUACAGCGUAUGCACUGCUGCCGUCGCCGACACUCGACCCGGUCCCUCGCGCCUGGUCGUCUGGUGACUUUGUGUUUUACGGCGGCAGUCCACUGUGCUUGUACCACCCUGGCACCACCAGUGUGCUGCAGUCGUUUGCCUUCGACGACACGUGCAACGCACUCGUGCCGAGUCACUUGAAUGUUCACCCGAUGGCCGCGAUGGUGGCGUCCUUGGCCGUCGACGCAGCGGACGACCCGUGUGCCCUGUGCAGUGCUAGUACGCGAGCCGCUUGCAGCUCUCUUCGUGCAGCAACAACGAUGAUCCUGCGCAACACUUCUCUGCGCGACGAGAGGGCGACGCUUCUGUCGACGGCGCACGCCGUUCUCGACGACAUUGAGGUCGUGCAGCUGGCGAUGACAAGGUCGCAAGCGCCAAUUCUGCUGCGCCACGCACUUCUCGGCGCUGGUGACUGGGAAUACUUUGGCUGGAUCGCGCUCAUGGACUGGGUGUACGGCGACCGCGAGGUCGUCUCGUUUCAAGGCGACGUCGCAACAGUCCACAUCAUGUCGGAGCCGCUGCCGCCCAUCGUCGUCACCCCGAAUGCGCUCGAAGUUCCUAAGAGCACGAGCCUCUGUCUCUACUCCAACCUCGUAACCUCCACAAGCAUUUUGGUCGUUGUCGCCGUCAUUGCAGCCGCCGGCGCCGAUCGACAGAGCGGCAACCACCUGCUCUGUUUCUUUCGCGUUGCCGGACCCGUCUGGGUCGGCCGACCGCUGCUGCUCUUGCGUGCUCUGCCCGCCAUGGCCGCGCUGUGCACUGCACCGCUCACGUUUCACGGUGACGCUCGCUUGGGUCGGUUCGACCAAACGCCUCGGCCACUCCUGCACACGUGCGUCCUUGCGCUUGAAGCGACGUGGAUCACGACGGUCGUCAACGAUAUCUUGCUCGUUGUGACCACCCGCCGCGCCCGACGCGCCGCCGUCGUGAGUGGCGCGCUUACUUGGCUAGGACUUGUGAUGUUUGAUGUUGCGGCGCCGCUGGAAGCGCACGCGACAGUGGAGCGGACCUGCAGAAGCCAAGACGGUGUACUGCACUGCGCCAGCGGAAUUGUCGCGAUUGGCUCGCUGGACCGCGCGUUUUGCAUGCUAGCUCUCAUGGCGCUGGCGUUGUUUUGCGGCUACGUCUGCAUACCCCCCGAGCGCGCACUUCGCGAGACGCCCAAAGACGCACAUUUCGUGCCGGCGAGCGUCAUCGCUUACGUGGCACCCUCGUGCGAAAGCUGGCCCAUCGACCACGCGACCGCGGUCAUGAGCGGCUUCUUCCGGUGUCGCGUUGGGUCUAGGGUCUACAUGCUCGACCUGAAGCUCUGGCGAGUCUUUACGACGGACGUUGGCCCCCGGGUCGACCCUAUUUUGGCCAUCGACACCCACCUCGUCGCUGUCGGUCACACAUCGUGGCGUGCGCGCGGCAAGGUCAUUGCGGGCCUAGCUUACGUGACGUUUUCUGCUGUGGGUAGCAUCUCGUACCUCCAGCUCUCGACCGUCAACUUGGGCAACGACAUGUACUGGGCGACGUUCAACACGUCUGGCAUGCACACGUUUGUCGCCAACUGGUUUCACCGCGAGUUCAUGACGGAGCACAGCAGUGUCCGCCUCGACGCGCCUGAGUUUGCCGACGUCUUGAUCGACUACGGGUCACCCGAAGCGCUCAUUCAGUACUCGCCCUUGCGAGCGCGGGCCAUCCAGUCCGAGAGCGGGUCGGAAUUGUUGAUGAUGCUGCAUGGUUUGCGUGAGAUGGACGGAUGCAAUGUGCCUUGGAUCGCAACCAUGUACUGCUGGGUGGACUUUGAUCAAACACUCGAGAUGGCGUCGUCGUCCCGUCGACAGGCGCGCUGCCGUGAUCAGUAUGCGUCCAACGGCGCCGUCUUCUUGGAGGCGGUUUUGCGCAACAUCGGUCGAGCCGCGUUUUUAGCUUGCUGGGGCGACUCGUUUGAACGUGGAAUUGCCUCGGCUGUCCGCGUCUUGCGCCCGUCGUGGCUUGCGUCGCUGCCAUCGACACCAAUCCCAGUGACGCAAGAAAUCUUACUUUGGCGCUCGCAUAGCAUUGCGUCCUUCACCACGCAGUGGCAAAACUACAAGUCGAUCGGACUCAACGCGGGUUUCUCGGUCACCAACACCCUCGGUUUCUCGUACGACUUUAGCAUCGAAGCCCACAACGGCGCGUUCACAAUCGAGUCGUCGACGUCGCGGAGCUUUUACUGGACGUUUGCCAGCGACCUCUGGGCUAUCGCCAACAACGGAUCUCAGAUCGUCGGUCUCUCGCUCGUGCGACAGAGUCCCCAGUUUGCCUUUUUGAAUCACUCGGCCCAAGACAUGUACAUGCAGAACGGCACCGUGCCGUCGCCGCUCAGCAUUGGCGCGUCGAUCGUCGCAUUGAGCAUCGGACCGUUUGGCGCCGUCGACGUCCGCCACGUGGCAGCGCCAGCCGCGCUGCGUCAGUUCGUGCAGAGCAUCACGCGUGCGACCGCCGAGGCGUUGGCCACGCGCAGUGACGCGCGCGAGGCGUACGCGUCCUUGGAGCUCCUGGCUCAGCUGACGCCGAUACCACUCGCGAUCAACAAGACGCUGUACAUGGGCGCGGGCGCCAGUGUCCUUUGCCAUAGAGCUUUCGGCGUGUUCAACUAUACGGUAUCGAUGGCGCAGUUUCUCGGGUCCGAUGCGCUCUGCAGCCGCAUGCAAGGCGAGUGGCUCUACCCAACAAAGAACCAAGCGCUCGUGGCCUCCAUCGCGUCAGGUAUCGCGCUCACCUCCGAGGCAACGAUGCGACAGGCUUGCAGCACCGAAGCACUCAAUCCCAAGGGCUGCGGCAAUUUUGUCACCAACGUUGCGGCGCUGGCGUCAACGCUCUUCUCUGCCGAGUCUUUGGCCGCCAACCGUCGCGAGGCCAUUGCGCUGGAAGCCAACGAUGCGCGCGUGGGGUUUACGCAGUUUUUGUAUCGCACCGAGACCGCGUCGUACGAGCUGUUCUUCCAGAAGCUCUUUGAGGAGCCUGGCAUGCAUUUUGCCAGCUGGACCAUGGUCUACGACUGGGCGGUCGACGCGCGGGAGGUACUCGCUUUUGACGGCGAUAUCGCGUCCUUUGCCGUCCUCUCGACGACGUCUCGCGCCGUGUCGAUGGCCGCCAACACGAUCGAGAUGCCGGUCAACGUUGUCGUCUUCUUGCGAACGCUGUGCCAGUACGUCUCGGGCGUCCUCGCAGUCAUCGCGCUCGUUGCCAUUGGGUACACUCUCCUGAAUGCGUUUACGACCGAGGGUCGAAACCUCUUUCUUCUCAACCGAGUCGCCGGCGCCGUCUGGGUCGGCCGACCGCUGCUGUGCGUGCGCAGCUUGACGGCGCUUUGUAUAUUGAGCACGGCAACGCUGCAAUUGCAGCGCACCGACUUUGUCACCACUGUGACGACGUCGCGUCAAGACGUGAGCCGGACGCUUUUGACAUUCUCGAGGGUCCUCGCGGCGAGCGAGCUCGGCUGGCUUGUCUACACGCUCGAAGACGCUUUCAUGAUCUACACGAGGGAGUACGCGUCACGGUACACGACCAAAACGGCGCUGCUGACGUGGCUUGUGGCCACGAUCCUGAGCUUCGCGAGCCCCGUCGAGCACAGCGUGCGUCUCCAGCCACUUUGCACGGUCGUCGAAAUGGACUUGUCGCUCGCGUGUCAGACCGGCGACGUUGCGAUCGGGUCGCAGACGCGGCUCCUCGUGCUUGUGGCGAUCGCGGUAGCAAUCUCGAGCACUUUUUACGCCACCGCCCGCCUCGUUGGUGCCCGCGCUCGGGUCGUCGACGCCUUCGAGUCGCACUUGACCUCGUGUGGCGCCAAGUACCUUUUCGAGUCGACCGACUGGGUCCACGACCAUGUCCAGCACAUCGACUACGCCUCGGCCGCGCUCACGGGGCUCCUCGCGUGGCCGCUGAGCGAGUCGUCGGUCGCUGUUUUUGACAUCAAGACAUGGCGGACGCUUACGAUCGAGCGGACGCGCCUGGCGUCCCACGCGCUCUCCCGCGCGAUUCCGCUACGUCAAUGAUUGGCGUCAAAAAGGUCAGAUAAAUGCUGAAUUUAAGAGCCAGCCAAUCAAAUGCGCUUUUUAU